UUUCAAGAGUGAAAGUAGAUGCUGCGACAGACACGGUGCAGAAGCAGAUGAUCUUUGUGAGGCUCUGCAGCGUCAACUAAAAUUGAAAAUGAGCAACAAGGUAAACUAUCUGCCACCUGCAGAUGCAGAUGCACCCCAAGAUGCUAUCAUCAACAAUGCCGAAGAUCCCAGCCAACCUCAUGCAAAUGUAGACCUUGAAAUUCAGGACAGUGCAAGAGAAGACAGAAAUGAACUUCCCCCAGCAGGGGCUAAGGAUGUUGAACUAAAAAGCAAAAAAGAAGAGGCAAAAAGGCCUAGUACUACUCCAGAACCAACCAACCAGCCCUCUCCAGCUGCUGUUAAAGCAACUGAAGAUGCUGUCAUCAAGGAGGCCAGAAACUCAACAGGUGACGAUCCAAACCAGCUUCAUGCAGAUAUAGACACUGGAGUUCAAGAUAGUACAAGAGAAGACAAAAACAAAUCUCCAGUCCCCAUGGAUUUAAAACGUCAAAGCAAAACUACAGAGACAAGUAAGCCCACUAUUCCAGAAGAGACUAGUCAGCCCUCCCCAGCUGCUGCAACACUUGAAGAUGCGACUAACGAGGCAGAUAGAAACUAUCCCCCAGCCCCCAAGAAUGUUGAACAUGAAAGCAAAACUAAAGAGAAAAAUAGGACUACUGCUCCAGAGAUGACCAACCAGCCCCGCCCAGCUGCAGAACAAACACCUGCAGGGUCGACGAUGGACAAAUUCUUCACUGUUGUGACUGGGAAUACUCUGGGGUCUCAUAAGGAAUUAAUUAAUCGUCUCGCUGCCAAAAGACACUUMACUGAGGUGACGUCACUAGAGGAGAGUGAUGUCAUCCUGGCUUUCUGUCCCAUCGUCUCUCGUGCUGGGACUGAUGUUGAAGCAGCACUGCAGCAGAUUCUGGUAAACCUGUCAUCCUGGUAGUGCUGCAUCACACCUUCGAUCCAGACUACACUGUACCUGACAGUAGCAGACUAGUGACCAGAGGUGAUGUAAAACUCACAGUGGACUGUCUCUUCCAUGAGAGCGAAGGACUACUGAAGUGUCUUCGCAAUGAAGAAGCAAUUAGAAAGAUUCUGGACAUGCCAGAAAUACAGCCAAAGGUGCAGGAUGAUGAGGUCUGGGAACUAGUCAGAGAMGAAGCCAGUGAUGCCCCUGAGCAGGAAAACCUAGAGGCAAGGACAAUGAGUUUGGAAGAGCAAAUCAGGGRCCUCUCACCAGUUGCAGCAUUUGCCCUUGCAAGAGCUGGAAUUGAAGAGGACAUUGAUAUUCAAGAGUUAACAAGAGAUGAUCUGAAUGAACUUCUGCCAGGCCUUGAGCAUUUCAAACUUAGGAAGAAGAUCAGUGAACUUCUAACCCAAUCUAAACAGGACACAGCUAAACCUAUUGAUUUAAUUCUUAACGAGUUUAGGGAAUUCCUUCCAGCUGUUGUCAUGAAGAAUGCACUUGUUCCUGGGGGAGUGUUACAUGGCUACGUNGAUAGUGUGGGACAAUCCGAGCUAAACAAAGUGGAGCAGUGUCCCAAAUAG